AUGACGGAAAAAGAGAAAAUGGAUGCCACGCUGUCCGAGAAAGUUGUGCUGCAAAGGCCAUUUGGGACAGCUGCCGAACGGGCACGGCGUAGUCUCAAUGCCAAACUCUCCAAUCCGCUGGCCGGGUUCAGCUAUACCGAACUACGAAAACAGGGACGCACCUUUGCUGAACUUCACGAAAUGGGGGAUGAGUCGGAUAUCCGUGCUUUCGAGCUGGGUGCUGUGCUGGCACAAUCUCCGGAACAAUAUGACAAGGUCGCUGGCCUGACAAACCAGGAGAAAAGAGUAUUGCGUCGGGAGUUCACGCAUCGCUGGUCACAGCCAUGGAAGAUGUACGCUGUCAUUACAUUGUGUUCUUUAUCUGCUGCAGUUCAGGGAAUGGAUCAAACGGUGGUCAACGGGGCCCAAAUAUUUUACAAAUACCAAUUCGGCAUCGGCGAUGAAUCCACUCGGAACGCCUGGCUCCUCGGUCUAACAAACUCAGCACCAUACCUCUGCUGCGCCUUCAUCAGCUCCUGGCUAACAGUCCCAUUCAACCACUGGUUCGGGCGCCGCGGGACAAUCUUCCUCACAUGUUGCUUCUCUGCGAUAGCCUGUCUCUGGCAAGGAUUUGUCUCAACGUGGUGGGCAAUGUUUGUCGCACGAUUCAUGCUAGGCUUCGGCAUCGGCCCCAAAUCGGCAACUGUGCCGAUAUACGCAGCUGAAACCGCGCCACCGUCCAUCCGUGGUGCAUUGGUCAUGCAGUGGCAUGUGUGGACAGCGUUCGGGAUCAUGGUUGGAUAUGCAGCGGACCUCAUCUUCUACAAUGUCGACUCGACCGUCAUUGUCGGCUUGAAUUGGCGUUGUAUGAUGGCCUCGGCGAUGUUCCCGGCUCUGGUCGUUUGCUGUUUUGUCUUUGCUUGUCCUGAGUCGCCACACUGGUACAUGCGCCAAAAGCAAUAUCACCGUGCGUACGAGUCCAUCUGUAUGCUACGAAAUCAUAAAAUCCAGGCAACUCGUGACUUGUACUACAUGCAUACACUGCUGGAGGCUGAGGAUAGUAUGAAACUUGGACAUAACAAGAUAUUGGAAUUGAUUAAAGUCCCGCGAAAUCGGCGAGCGAUGUUGGCGUCUCAGAUUGUCAUGUUUAUGCAACAGUUCUGUGGCGUCAACGUUAUUUCAUACUAUUCAUCUGAGAUAUUUCUCGAGGCCAAAUUCUCCCCACCGGCUGCUCUAGCCGCCUCGUUAGGCUGGGGUCUAAUCAAUUGGCUCUUAUCAAUUCCCGCAGUCUACACAAUCGACACAUUCGGUCGACGCAAUCUGCUGUUACUCACUUUCCCACUCAUGGCCAUGGCACUGUUAUUCACGGGGUUCAGCUUCUGGAUCCCCGAGAGCAGCCACAAUGCACGUCUCGCGUGCAUUGCUUUAGGAACUUAUCUUUUCGGAGUGGUCUACUCACCUGGGGAGGGACCGGUGCCAUUCACCUACACUGCCGAGGUAUACCCGCUGUACGUCCGGUCAUACGGAAUGGCGCUAGGCACGGCAACGAUGUGGUUCUGUAAUUUCCUGCUGGGCGUGACGUGGCCAUCUCUGCGAGCCGCAUUCACCAUACAGGGUGCAUUCUCUUGGCAUGCAGGGUGGUGUUUAGUUGGAUGGUGGUUGGUACUCUUGUUUAUGCCCGAGACAAAAGGGAAGACGCUUGAGGAAUUGGAUCAGGUCUUUUCUAUGCCGACCAGGCUUCAUGCGCGAUAUGGGUUGAGGCAAAUUGGGUAUUUUGUUAAACAUUAUUUGUUGAGAAGGGAUGUUAUACCGGAGACUCUUUAUGAGAGGGAGGAAUUGGUUAAGGCUCAGGAUGUGGGAUUCAAUGCGUGA